AUGGUGGGGUCCUCAACCGACUUGCGGGAAAUCGACGACAGCACUUCCAAGCUGCAUGAAGAGCUCUCCAGUGUCGCGCCUGCCGGCAGCCCCGGGUGUCACUGCUUAGAGUUCGACUCCUGGUGGAAUGAGGGCAAGCAUCGGCGCUUCGUGUAUAUAAGGUACAGCAUUACGGAAGGAGCUUUUCAAAUGGCCAUCGACGAGGAUAGCAAUCUAUAUCACGUCCCGGUGGCCUAUGGUGCACGGACCGGAGAGGCGGUGACCGUUUGGGAUUUGCAUGUCGGCGCCGAAGUAGACAUCCUGGGGCGGAUGACAACGCUGCAGCGAUGUUCGCAGACCACUGCAGAGUGGAACAAGUAUUGGGUGUGGCCCCAAGCCUUCACAGUCUGUCCGCAGACUGACCUGCUACCUCAGACGUGCUCCUGCCGGCGCUACUGUACCUAUCUGUACCUAUCUUCACGAACCGAUCAUGUCCCGUCGCCCGAAGUGCCGGCGCUUUAG